AUGACUCGUACAGAGCCCAGCUGCCCAAUUCCAAUAUGGUGGCCAGCUUGGCAGACCUACGGUUCUUGUUUAUAACGUUGUUGUUCUGCGGGAUCAAGCACGGUGCGUGCAGCCAGCAAGCCCCGCGGGUACUGGGGCUAAGACUGGAAGACCCAAAGGGUCUGGUGUGUAUGAAUGAGCGGAUCAUCUCAGCGCCACAGGGGGGCAAAUUCAAGCUUCGCUUGUUUGUGUCGGAUCUGUUGAAUGAGACCUGGCCGUGGGUUGCGUUCGCAGGGGCUAUCAAGGGUGAGGCCGGGGCAGUGGGAGACGCCGCGGACCCGUGCGAUCAAGAUACUCGCCGUGACGCAUCUGCGUUCCAAGUAACAGGGGAGUUCACGGCAGACGAGGAUAAUAGCGGACUCAUAACGGUGCAGGUACACGAGGAGAGCAGCUCUUCAACGGAAGGAGGAGGGUCAAAGGACGCGCCGAUAUAUCACCACCUGUGCGUUCUGGCAGAAGGGAAAUGGGUAUCCGUGGGACCAGACAGACUUCGCAUAAACUACGACUCGGGUCUACCUCCAGAUUAUAUUCCUCCAUGGGGUCUUGCGGUGCUGGUGGUUGUGCUUAUCCUAAUCUGCGGGGUGUUCAGAACUCUGAACCUCAGUCUACUGUGGCUGGAUCCUCUAGAGCUCUACGUCCUGCAUAGCUGCGGGUCUGAGGAGGAGAAACGUGCCGCCAAGCGCUUGGAGCCUAUCAGAAGACGUGGAAACUUCUUGGUGUGUUCCUUGCUGUUCCUGUGUGCUCUUGGCCACUCGGUUCUAGGGGUUCUGUUCUACCAGGCCUUCGGUUCCGUGCUUCCUGCAGUGUUCACCAGCGGGAUCCUCAUCUUCCUCCUAUCGGAGCUAGUUCCCCACAUUGUGUGCUCUGGCUAUGGAUUCCAGCUGGCUCCUGGGCUCACAUGGCUGGCCCAGCUGUGUAUGGUGCUGACCUGCCCCCUGUCUUGCCCGUUGGGCCUGGUACUGGACCUGGCCCUCAGGCGUGAUGUCAGCACUUGUGGCAUCAGGGAGAGGACCAUGGAGAUGAUCCGCACCAGCGUCAAUGACCCAUACAGUGAGUUUGUGAAGGAGGAGUUCAGCCGCGGCACGCUGCGCAGUAAGACGGUGGAGGACAUCCUGACCCCCCUGAAGGACUGCUUCAUGCUUCCCAGCACGGCCAUGCUGGACUUCUCCACCAUGUCAGAGAUCAUGCAGAGCGGAUACACGCGUGUGCCCAUCUACGAGGAGGAGAGGUCCAACAUUAUCGAGAUUCUCUACGUUAAAGACCUGGCUCUGGUAGAUCCGGACGAUUGCACUCCCAUGACAACCAUCACCAAGUUCUACAACCAUCCUCUGCACUUUGUAUUUAACGACACCAAACUGGACGCUAUGCUGGAAGAGUUUAAGAAAGGCAACUCUCACCUGGCCAUCGUUCAGAAGGUUAACAACGAGGGGGAGGGAGAUCCCUUCUACGAGGUGCUGGGAUUGAUCACCUUAGAAGACGUCAUAGAGGAGAUCAUCAAAUCAGAGAUCCUGGAUGAGUCUGAUGGCUACAUGGACAUGAAGCUGAAGCGACCACUCGUUCCUAUGGCGAUCCCACUGGAGCCUCGGAGCGUACACGAGGAGUUCUCGAUCUUUAAAGUUCCCGAAGGGGAACCCAAAAUCCGCACCUCUCCCCAACUCCUUCUGGCCACACACCGCUUCCUCUCCAGGGAGGUGGAGCACUUCAGCCCAGGGCGUGUGUCAGAGAAGGUACUCUUCCAUCUGCUUCGUCAUCCCAGUGUCAACCAGGAAGUGCACUUUGACCCCUCCAACCGGCUUAGCCUGGACCACUACCUCUAUACACGCAACCACCCAGUGGAUUACUUCAUCUUGCUGCUGCAGGGGCGUGUGGAGGUUGAGAUCGGUAAAGAGGGGCUGAAGUUUGAGAAUGGGGCGUUUACGUACUAUGGAGUGUCCGCUCUCACAGCACCAUCUUCUGUGCACCAGUCUCCCACGUCAACCCAGCGGCAUUCUCCCAGAGAUCCAUUUGAGCUGGGCGAAGCCACAAGCCCGUCCAGCUACUGUCCUGACUACACCGUCCGUGCUCUCACUGACCUGCAGCUCAUACGAGUGACCCGUCUGCAGUACCUGAACGCUCUGAUGGCGUCCCGUGCGACCUACAGUCCUGACACACCUGAAAUUAAAAUCCUUCCCAACAGCCAGACCAAACUACUCAAUGAGAGAAAUACAACACAAGGUGACAGUAAGGCCUGUGAGAGUUCCACUGAAGAGGAGGCCCAUGGGUAGUGGAGUUCUUCCUGCCCUCUGUCAAAACCUGUGUGUCACUCCAGAUGACUAAGAGGACAGUUUUUAGGGUUAGACAUUUCUUUUUUUUCUUUUUUUGACCAAAUAAUCUCUAGUCUCCCGAACAUUGGUGAUUGAACCAAUUUAGAGUGAAUAAGUAUCAGUCUGUUUGAGUGUGUCUGUAGCACUGGAACAUCACUGUUUUCAACCCCCCCCAUAAUUGCUCUGUAUAGUUUUCAAUAGACUCCAUUUUUAAGAUGUUCUGUUCUGCUGGUGUAUGUGUGGACUAAUUUGUGUGACAAUUAUUUUCCUUCCUAUUGGAAUAAGGCACUCCUCACUAAACAUUGUUUCUUUUUUUCUCUGCAUUGCCUGCCUGGGUGCCAAAACGAAUUUGUUUUCAAAUAUGUACUUCGAUGUGUGUGUGUGUGUGUGUGUGUGGGGGGGGGGGGGGCAGGGGCAGACAGGCAUGCCUUAUCUAUCUUCAAGGUCCGUCCAUUUUAGGUUAUACAUCACACCAAGUCGUCAAAACUGGUUUGCACCAACGUGUGCACUGUUAUUGACUUAAUACCACAUUUCUUUGGUACGUCCAAAAUUCAUUUUGCACAUGCUCACAUAUCAAUAUGUAUAGCCAAAUAUAAAUAGUUGAUGUCGUU